AUGAGCAGCAGCAGCUUGGAGACCCGAGCGCUGGAGCGGUUGGUGCCGCGGUGCCUGGUGAGGCGACUGCAGCACCCGAGCCGGCACGCCGCCAGCCUUCGCAGUCCAUCGGUUGAGGUUUACGAGGGUGCUCUGGCGUUCAUCGACAUCUCUGGCUUCUCGCGCCUCUCUGAGCUGCUAUCCGAGCGGCAUGGUGCUCAGGGUGCCGAGCUGCUGCAGACCUACAUCAACCGCUACUUUCGCUCGCUCAUCGAGGCGGCGCUUGCCUCUCCGCCCACCGCCCUGCAGUGGGUGAUCGUGGUCGCUCACGGCGGCGACAUCCUGAAGUUCGCCGGCGACGCCUUCAUCGCCUCCUGGCGUGCCGACUCGGCCGCCUCUGCUCCCGGCCAGGCGGCCGGUGGUGGCGCUACCUGCGGCAGCAGCAGGGGCAGCAGGGCGGGCCGCGGGAGCUGCGCCCAGACCUUCUUCGACGGCGACGCUCUGGCGGCCGCGCUGAGGCCCGGGAGCCAGGCGAGCGGCGACGCCUCCGAGCCGGAGCCGUCU